AUGAAAAAUGUCAGCACUAUUACUGAGUUUGUCCUCCUGGGAUUGUCCAGUGACUCCCAGGUGCAGACUCUCCUCUUCAUGAUGUUCCUGGUGAUUUACCUCCUGACCUUGUUGGGGAACGUGGUAAUGAUCCUUGUGAUCAGGGUUGAUUCUCACCUCCACACCCCAAUGUACUCCUUCCUUGGACAUUUGUCCUUCCUGGAUCUCAGCUUCUCCUCAGUCACCGUGCCCAAGAUGCUGCAGAACUUCUUGUCUCAGAAGAAAAACAUCUCAGUGUGGGGCUGCAUUACCCAGAGUUUCUUUUUCACUCUCUCUGGGGGAACCGAAGCCUGUCUGCUGUCUGCCAUGGCCUAUGACUACUAUGCUGCCAUCUGCUACCCUCUGGUCUACACUAUGGUCAUGAACAGGCCUUUCUGCAGUGUAAUUGUGAGCACAAUUUGGGCAGUGGGGUUUCUGAUCUCCUUUAUAAACAGUCUCUUCAUCCACAACUUACAUUUUUGUGGGCCCAACAUUAUCCCUCACUUCAGUUAUGAGCUGCCUCCACUCUUCCUGCUGUCCUGCACUGAUCCUACUGCCAAUGAGAUUCUUCUAGCUAUGUUAUGUGCAUUCAUGGGGCUGCUGACACUUCCCCUGAUCCUCUUCUCUUACUCCAGAAUCAUCUCUGCUAUACUGAGCAUUCACUCUCGUAAGGGUCAAGGCAAAGCCUUCUCCACCUGCUCCUUGCACCUCACUGUGGUGUUCUUAUUCUAUGGGACAACACUUUUCUAGUACCUAAGCCCCACUUUGGGCUUCAUGUUGGAGCAAGUGGUCUCCAUUCAGUACAGUGUGAUCACAUCCUUGCUGAACCUCAUCAACUACAGCCUCAAGAACAAGGAGGUAAAGGUAGCACUGCAAAGGAUGCUCAGGCAGCAAAUGUUUUCCUCCAGCCGGCGGUUAUUACAUGUCGAAGUAAUUAAUGAACAGCGGCGGGAGGUGGAGCGGCGGGUGGGGAGCCGGAGAGCGGCGGCGCCAGGCCGCGAUCCGCCUCGGCACGUGUGGCAGAGCGCGCCGCACGCUUCGGCCUGCAGGGUCCCCGGGGCGGCAGACGCCAGGGACCCGGGGCUCGGCCGGCCCGGGCUGCGCUCGGCUCUCUCCGGGGUGCCGGACCCAGGACUCGACCCCGCGGCCCCCUCUCUCCUCCCCUCCCCUCCCCCUCCCACCCCCGCCGCCCCCGCCGCCGCCGCCGCAGCCGCCGCCACCGCCGCUGAGCCCCGGAAGCGGGCGGGGAUUUCCUGUGCCCGCCCCGCCCGCGCCCGCCCGCCCGCCGGCCCGCCGCUGUCUCCGCCCGUCGCUGGCUCCUCGGGCUGUCGGCUCCGAAACGCGAGCGAAGGGCGGAGGGGAGGGGCAGGCGGCACCCGGGAGGGAGGCACCGGGCCGCGGGCCAAGCCGACCGGGGGUGAGUGGGGCCGGGCCCAGGGAGCCGCGGCUGGAGGGAGGGACGCGUGGCUUCCUAGGGCGGCGGGUGGGGGCCGGUCACCUAUGGGUGGGGGGGUGGGGAUCGAUGCGGCCUCCGGGUCGCUGUCUUUCUCCAGGGGUCGGCCCCAAUGA